CACAAUAUUUUUAUACAAAAACACUAUGAAUUUAUCCAUUGAGCUAUCAAGAGACAGUUCUGGAUCUGCUGGAACAAUGGUUUCUCGGUCAACCCAUGAAGAAUCGAAUACGAUUUCAGAAACCGAGAUUUCUCCACGUAGCCUUCCAGGAAAUCCUUGCUCCAGCUCAACGUCCUCAAUUUCAGCUAGAACGCAAUUUCAUCCGCCCUCAAAUUCAUCUAAAGUCCCUUUAACUCCCGCCAAACAGUCCUCAACUUCAGCCAAAGCCAUCCAGUCCUCAACUUCAACCAAAGCCAUCCAGUCCUCAACUUCAGCCAAAGCCAUCCAGUCCUCAGCUUCAGCCAAAGUCAUCCAGUCCUCAACUUCAGUCAAAGCUCCCCAGUCCCCAACUUCGUCUAAAGCUCCCCAGUCCCCAACUUCGUCUAAAGCCUCCCAGCCCCCAACUUCAGCCAAAGCCAUCCAGUCCCUAACUUCAGCCAAAGCCAUCCAGUCCCCAACUUCAGCCAAAGCCAUCCAGUCCCCAACUUCAGCCNCGCGGAUUUUUUGUCGAGCGUCCGCGCGGCGGCGGCGGCGUCCUUUGGGGCGGCGAGGGGAGCGCGAGUGA